AUUUUAUUUUAAUUUUUUUUCUUUAUCCCUCCUUUUAUAUCUUUUAACAAGAUGAUUACACUAAGGUUCAUUAAAAAAAGUUUUUAUUCUCAAUUUAUUAUAUCAAGAAUGAAAAAUAAUUUAUCCAGUUUAUUUAUUACAGAGAAGUCUGUUCAAGCUAUUCCCGAAAUGCAAAAUACAACCACCGUGGACUCAUUUUUAGUUGAACAGUUUGAUUUUAGUAGUUCACCUGUUAAUACCAAUUAUCUCAAAAAGUUCUCAACUCCAGAUAUUUUCGACUAUAGUUUUUUGUCAUCACCAAUUGAAGAUGAAAUAUUCUCAAGUCACGAAUCUCCUUCUUUCAAUCAGUUUAACUCGACUAACAUUCAACCCGAUAUUUAUUCUUCUGGAAACGGCCAGUCUUUUUUUAAUUGUUCGAAUACUAAAACAAAGGAUUGUACAUUUGAGCCAGAAUGCAAGUCAGCUGCUAUUCUUAAAAAUAAUGAAAACAUUGAAGUAGAAGAAAAUUGUUAUUAUCAAAAUUAUAUUAAAAGAUUGACUCAGAAUCGUGAUGCCUCUUUCCGAUAUCGCAAUCGUCGAAAAAAUAUUAUAAAUAAUCAGUGUCAGCAGUUAAAAGCCAUGAAAAAACGUCUUUUCGAGAUUGAAAAUCAACAUAAUGCUGUAAAUUUGGAAAUAGCUAAUUUUGAAACAAAAAUCCAAAAUAUAAUUGCUUAUCAGUCUAUGUAUAUUCAACCGCACAAUUUUUAUCAAUAAUCUAAUUAACAUUACUUA